GAUGAGUCGCUCCCUUCUCCUCCACAGGUCCCAAAAAUUGGAAAAAAAAAAAAAAAAAGUAACGUAUUAUCCAAUCCCACUUUCCAUGCCAUCUCCUCUUCCCUCCUCGCCCCCCUCUUGUCUCAGAAGCCAUGGUUAUAAACCUUUCCUCCUCCCCUCCCUCCAACUCCACUUCCAUCAUUAGAUUAGCCAACUCCAAAUCCCCCAUCUCUGAACCUUCUUUCAAGCUCAAUAUCCACUUUCCAAAACCUCAUUCUUCCCGCUCUUCUGUAUGCUACUCGUUUGCUUCGCCACACACUAAUUUCGCUUGCAAGAAGCGCUUUUUGUUUGACAAGAGUAGGUGUACGCAUGGAAAUAAGGUGGAUUUUAGAACUUGGGCUGUCGCUGGCUUUGAUUAUGGGAAUUUCGAGGGUCCUCAGUCUGUUCUGGAGGCGGCUGCUGUUUUGACAGCGAUUAUUAUUGUUCACGAGAGCGGUCACUUCCUUGCUGCCUAUCUUCAAGGCAUCCAUGUAAGUAAAUUUGCAAUUGGGUUUGGUCCUAUUUUAGCUAAAUUCAAUUCAAAAAAUGUAGAAUACUCUAUUAGAGCUUUUCCUCUUGGUGGUUUUGUGGGGUUCCCUGAUAAUGAUCCCGACAGCAAUAUUCCGGUUGAUGAUGAAAAUUUGCUGAAGAACAGGCCAAUAUUGGAUAGAGUCAUUGUAGUUUCAGCUGGUGUUGUUGCUAAUACAAUUUUCGCAUUCGUUAUUAUCUUUGUUCAAGUCCUGUCCGUUGGUUUGCCCGUGCAAGAGGUCUAUCCUGGUGUGGCUGUACCCGAGGUUCGGGCCUUUUCAGCUGCUUCUCGAGACGGCUUGCUCCCUGGUGAUGUCAUUCUCGAGGUUAAUGGGAAUGAUUUACCUAAACCCGGCCCUAAUUCUGUUAGUGAGGUUGUUGAUGUCAUCAAGAAGAGCCCUAAAAGAUACGUUUUGCUCAGGGUUAAAAGGGGAGAACAGAACCUUGAGAUAGGAGUCACGCCAGAUGAAAAUUACGAUGGAACUGGUAAAAUUGGAGUGCAGUUAUCUCCAAAUGUGAAGAUAGAAAAAGUUAUACCAAAAAAUCUCUUGGAGGCCAUGAACUUUACACGAAAAGAAUUUUGGGGUCUGGCUUCUAAUGUCCUGGAUGGGUUAAAGCAGACAUUUCUAAACUUCUCGCAGACGGCUAGCAAGGUUUCUGGUCCUGUAGCUAUUAUUGCUGUUGGGGCUGAAGUUGCAAGGUCCAACAUUGAUGGUCUCUAUCAGUUUGCUGCGAUACUCAAUCUUAACCUGGCCGUUAUAAAUCUGCUGCCUUUACCUGCUUUAGAUGGUGGUACCCUGGCUUUGAUCCUUAUUGAGGCAGCCAGGGGUGGGAGAAAGCUCCCUCUGGAAGUGGAGCAACGGAUCAUGUCAUCAGGAAUUAUGCUUGUCAUACUCCUGGGGCUAUUUCUUAUAGUUCGUGAUACCUUAAAUCUUGAUAUCAUCAAAGAUAUGUUGUGAUUAGUGGGAAGUUUAAUGGUCUGUGGGCUUCCAAAAACGUUUCAUCCAAAGAUGCUGUUAGACUGGUUUGGUAGCUUGUGAUUUAUCCAAAGAGGAGAAAUGAUCUAUUUUGGGACGCCAUAGUGGGUUGUUCCUGUUACUUGUUCACUGUUCUAACCAAGAUCGUCUUUGUGAUAGCAUAUAUAAAUUCACAAGUUACAAAUACUGGUUUGGUUUAUGAUAUAUAUUGGAUUCUUCUCUCUC